AUGGAUACUCCCAACUCGGCAAUCGAUAGUCGUCUCCUAUCGCCGGAGGUGCCCCAUUCCCCACAAUAUUAUUUUGCGAUCUUCCAAACAACGGACACCUUUGUUGCUAAGGCUACAUCCCCCAGCAGUCCUAGCAGUAUUGCCACGAGUUCUCAGAUCAGAGCCCUCCGGAAGCUCGGCAAAGGCAGAGACACACCACAAUCACAGCGAGUGUCGCCGAAAAUCACGAAGAUUGUUCAGUUACCCGAGUGCUCUAUACUAUGGUCCCGCGUGGAAGCAUUUUUGCAGGAAUUUGGAUGUUUUUGGCCCUUUUUGCGCAGUGAAAAAGUUCGUGACAGAUUAUCGAUCGCCAUAAGCUCGAUGACAAGGGGUAGCGAAUCAAGUCAAUGCGUCGUCACCACGGCAAAUUGCAAGAAGAUUGCCAUUCUAUUCAAUAUGUUGGCUUACGCGGACCUCAUGGACGAAGUGUACACUACUACUGACUUUGCGCCCGGGUCUCAGUCCUAUUGCCAAGGGCUGAGUUUGAUGGAGUCUUUUGGGAUGCUCCAUGAUAACGACUUGGAGACCAUGAUAUACCACACUAUCGCAGCAUCCUUUUUCCUGGCCGCUGAAAAGCUCCACACAGCUUUGCAGAGUGCUUCUCAAGCUUUUAACAUUGCUCGUUGUCUAGAGCUGAACAACCAAAAGCGAUGGCCUGAAAACACGGAAGACGAGAUUGCUUGUCGGCAGUCUCUUUGGUGGACAUUGUAUUUCCUCGACAAAAGAAUCACCCAGAAAAUCGGUAUAUCGUACUCUGUUCGAGAGAACGAGUGUGGUGUCAGGGAGUACGUUGAAGAUGGAACCGAAGAUGGGUUACACGAUCAUCAUGAAAUGCUCCAAAGCAUGAUCAACUACAGCCAUUUGUGGUCUUACAUCUGGGAUAACUUUUUCUCUCCACGAGCUUCGGUGAAACAGGUUGACUUUGAUGAAGUGGAGUUGACAGAUACCAAAAUCAUGCUGGCUUAUCGUCGUCUUCCUGAUAGUCUUCUCUGGGACUCCCAAAUGGCUUUGGAGCACAUGAAAGCGAACGAUGAGACUCAAAUCCGGCGGCGACUUCUCGUUUUCCUGGUAAGAAUUCACAAAAGAAAUUUCACUUGA